AAAGAAAAAAAAGAAGCCGUCGUGAUCGGCCGAGUCCUGCGUCCGCGUCACCCAUUAUCAUCGCCCUCUCUUAUCUCGUCGCGAUUCCCAAUGCAAUCUUCUUCCCUUUUUAUUAUUUUUAAAUUCCACCAUUUAUUAUGAUUUAUUCACGUCUCUCUCUCCCAAGUAAAAAGUUCUCUGCUUCACGUUUCUUCUUUGCUUCUCUGUUUCGUUCUCUGACCUAAACCAAGUCCCUCGCUCAGUUAAACACACACACACACCCACAUCAUCUCCAAUGGAUAUAAGCAACGAGGCCAAUGUCGAUCCCUUCUCAAUCGGACCAACCUCCAUCCUCGGCCGAACCAUCGCCUUCAGAGUCCUCUUCUGCAAAUCAACGCUCCAGCUCCGCCGCGACCUCUUCCGCUUCCUCCUCCACUGGUUCCUCACACUCAAGCUCGCCGUCUCCCCCUUCGUCUCCUGGUUCCACCCCCGGAACCCCCAGGGGAUCCUAGCCGUCGUCACGAUCAUCGCCUUCGUCCUAAAACGCUACACGAACGUCAAGGCCAAGGCCGAGAUGGCGUACCGUAGAAAGUUCUGGAGGAACAUGAUGCGCGCGGCGUUGACUUACGAGGAAUGGGCUCACGCCGCUAAGAUGUUGGACAAGGAGACUCCGAAGAUGAAUGAAUCCGAUCUUUACGAUGAAGAGUUGGUUAAGAACAAGCUAAUGGAGCUUCGUCAUCGACGCCAAGAAGGCUCUCUGAGAGACAUUAUGUUCUGUAUGAGAGCUGAUCUGGUAAGGAACCUCGGGAACAUGUGUAACUCUGAGCUACACAAAGGGAGACUCCAGGUUCCAAGACAUAUCAAAGAGUAUAUAGACGAAGUCUCUACUCAGCUGAGAAUGGUAUGCAACAACUCUGAGUCCUUAGAAGACCUUUCUUUAGAUGAGAAGCUUUCUUUUAUGCACGAGACGCGUCACGCCUUUGGUAGAACGGCUUUGCUACUCAGCGGGGGAGCUUCUCUAGGCGCGUUUCAUGUAGGCGUUGUCAGGACUUUAGUCGAGCACAAGCUUUUGCCUCGGAUCAUCGCCGGCUCUAGCGUCGGCUCAAUCAUCUGCUCGGUCGUAGCGUCAAGAUCCUGGCCCGAGCUGCAGAGCUUCUUCGAGAACUCGUUACAUUCUCUCCAGUUCUUUGACCAGCUAGGAAGCGUUUUCACGAUCGUGAAACGCGUCAUGACGCAGGGAGCGUUGCACGACAUCAGGCAGCUGCAGUGCAUGCUUAGGAACCUCACGUGCAACCUCACGUUCCAAGAGGCUUAUGAUUUGACAGGGAGGAUACUCGGGAUAACGGUUUGCUCACCGAGGAAGCACGAGCCGCCUCGGUGUUUAAACUAUCUCACUUCUCCUCACGUUGUUAUAUGGAGCGCGGUGACUGCUUCUUGCGCAUUCCCUGGUUUGUUCGAAGCUCAGGAGCUUAUGGCUAAGGAUAGGAGUGGGGAGAUAGUGCCGUAUCAUCCGCCUUUUAAUUUAGAACCGGAGGAAGGUGGUGAUAAAGCGUCUACGCGGAGGUGGAGAGAUGGGAGUUUGGAGGUUGAUUUGCCGAUGAUGCAGCUUAAGGAGCUGUUUAAUGUUAAUCAUUUUAUUGUGAGCCAGGCUAAUCCUCACAUUGCUCCGUUGCUGCGUUUGAAGGAUAUAGUUAGAGCUUAUGGUGGUAGAUUCGCAGCUAAGCUAGCGCAUCUAGUGGAGAUGGAGGUGAAACAUAGAUGCAACCAGGUACUAGAGCUUGGCUUUCCACUCGGUGGACUCGCUAAGCUUUUUGCUCAGGAGUGGGAAGGUGAUGUAACAGUUGUAAUGCCUGCUACUCUUGCUCAGUACUCAAAGAUCAUACAGAACCCUACACACGUGGAGCUACAAAAAGCAGCUAACCAAGGAAGGAGAUGCACAUGGGAGAAGCUCUCAGCCAUCAAAGCGAACUGCGGGAUCGAGCUCGCGCUUGACGAGUGCGUAGCCAUUCUCAACCACAUGCGGAGGCUCAAGAGAAGCGCCGAGAGAGCCUCCUCAGCUUCCUCGUCUCAUCACGGAUUAGCUUCAACGACAAGAUUCAAUGCUUCUAGAAGAAUCCCGUCUUGGAACGUCAUCGCUAGAGAGAACUCAACCGGCUCACUGGACGACCUCGUCGCUGACGGUAAUACUAAUAAUCUCCACGCGGGGAGGAACUUAAGCGACAGCGAAACUGAGAGCGUGGAGAUGAGUUCUUGGACGAGGACUGGUGGGCCUUUGAUGAGAACAGCUUCUGCUAAUAGGUUCACUGACUUUGUCCAUGGUCUUGACGUGGACAUUGCGUUGACAAGAGGGUUUACUAGCAGCCCUAACUCUCCGGCGGUUCCUGGCCCGGUUAGUCCGAGUUUUAGUCCAAGAUCGAGAUCCUUGGCGGCUCAAUCCGAGAGCGAAUCUGACAAGAGGGAAAGUAGCAACAGUUCGAGUAUAACAGUUAGUGAAGGUGAUCUUCUGCAGCCUGAGAGAACGAGUAACGGUUUCGUGUUGAACGUUGUUAGAAGAGAGAACUUGGGAAUGGCUACGGGGAACCAGAGUGCUGAGAUGCCGGAGAGUGUGCAGAUAGAUAUACCGGAGAGGGAGAUGGAUAAUAGCUCUGUCUCAGAACAUGAAGAUUAUGAUAAUGAUGAUGAAGAAGAACAUAAGGGCUCGGUUCCGGUUAACGAUUCCGGUUUACAAGAACCGAUGUCUGCUAGUGUAAUAGAUGCUUAGGACUGAUUUGAUCCGAGUGAAGAGAUUGGAGAGUUUCCUCCAAAGUGUUUUAAUGCUUUGUAAAUAGUAUAAGCCAUUUGGUUUGUGUUGUAUAUGUUUGCAUGAUUAUUGUUUUGAAAUUUCACUUAAUUCAUUUGCGGAA